UUAAAGUCUACAAUUUCAUAUACAUUUCUAGUUACUCAUAAAACAAUUAUAUUAUUUUAAUUAUGAUAACGAUAUUAUACCUUUAACAAAUUCCACCAUUAUAUAGUUGUAGUAUUUUAAAAAUAUAAGAGUGCAAAUGGAAACAAACCCCAUCUCCAUACUCUCUAUUCUUCUCCAAAAUUUCCUCUUCACCACACUUACAUCUCUCUUAAUUGACUCAAGACGAUAGAUUUCUAGCAGAUUUUGAAUUUGGGUUUCUGAUUUUAGGCAUUGAUAUUGAUCUUAUGGGGUUGGGGUUUUUUGUUUGAGUGAAGACGUAGACAUAGUUGUGGGUAUUGGAUUAUGGGUACGUUAAUGGCGUCUUGGUGUUUGCUCAAUCAUCCAUCAAAACCCAAAACCACGACUCGGUAUGAGAAAAUCAACAAUGGUUAUCUUCAAUCAUGCAUCGCGUCCACCAAUUCAGGCAAUACUUGUUCGGAUUUUGAAUCUGAAAAUUUGAAAUCCCAGAACAGUGUUGAUUUGUCGUGGCUUCCUAAUUACGAUAACGACAACUCCGCCUCCGAAUCUCAUCAUCACAAUCGAGAAAUUGAUUUUGAUUAUUCAUGGCUUCCUGAUCACAUCCACUCGAAAUCCAGUAAUUCUAGGGAAACGGGAAAUGAUUCAUGGUUGCCCUCGGCGUCUACCCUAAUUGUCAACGGCGGAGAUGAUGAUGAUGAUGAUGAUUCAUGGCUUCCUAACUACAAUGAUGUCAAGAAGAACACUUCAACAAUUCCCUCGGAACCCAAUAAUUUAUGUCGUUCUCGGAAAACUUCAAGUUUCUCCCCCACCCACACUGUGACAAAUGGGAAUCAAAGCAAGGAGAUCAUCAACAACAACAACAAUAACAAUAAGCAUAAGAAAUUGAAGAACGAAGACCAUGAAUCAGUAUCUUCUCGUGAAGAACAAAUCCAGCACGCUAAGCCAUUGAAUAAGAAACCAGAAUCUUCAAGUUCUCAAGGACAAGUUUCUCCUUCUAAUUCGAAUUGCUCGGUUGAAACCGAUAGUUUAGGUGGGGUGUCGACCCUCUGUAGAAGAUUUCAAGACCUGGCUGAAUCCAGGAACACUAACAGAAAACCAAAAUGUUCCUCCGGUGGCAACAACAAUUCCGAGAGGGGUGCGCCACCGCGCACAGCCGCCGGAAACAAAAAUGAAUUUUUUUCUCCGAUUUGUAACGCCGGGGAUCACCAGAAGGUCGCCGGAGAGAACAAAUGCUUUUUUCAUAUCACAGUAAAACCCCGUUUGAUACGAGGACGCCAAGCUUUCAACGAUUUCCUCAAUCGAAUGGAACAAGAUAAACAGCGUGAACUCGAAUGUCUAGCUCAGAGAAAACCCGUCUCACAGUUUUCAUAUCGAGGACGUAUUCGAGCUUUGCUUCGAUUUAGAUUCAUAAGACCUGGCGCCGAAUCCAAAACCCAUAAACUGAAAUUGAUAACCAAAGAUCAUCACAAAAUCACAGAAUUGACAACACCCGUGGAUAAACCCCAUGAAAUUGAUACUUCAUCUCACUCGAUCCAUACUAUCCAAUUAGAAAACUAUCAUGAUUGUGUUAGUGAUUACUCUCAAUCACAGAGUGAUUGGGAUGAUGAAGAAGAAGAAUACGAUGAUGAUGGAUCAUCUUGGGAUAUGGAUCCAUUUGAUGAUUGGAUUAGCGAAAUCGCGCGACCAAAAAGUUAUUGGGAAUGUAUGAGGAGGGCUAGAUACCAUGAGAUGCGUUACCUUUACUCCUACAAACAAGAUCUUCGAGAACUUCUAGAAAGAAGAUGCGUUGUGGGUUUUCUUUCUAGUGAUCAUAAGAACAAGAUAGACGAGUUAAUGAUGAGUCGGGUACAUAGGAAUGAAGGGCUGGAGUUGAGGAAAGAAGACAUGGAAAAGGAAGAAGAUGAAGGUGGUUGGAGCAAAGUUGAGAGAAAAUGUUGGGAAUACAAUGAGUUUAUUGAUCAAACCAGAGUUCAAGGAGAAAGAUCUUAUCAAAGUUCGUCUUCCAUAGUGAGUUAUUAUGGAGCAACUCGAUGGAGUGAUGAUGGAAAAGGGGAAAUCAAUAUCGAGUUGUGUGGACAUAUGCAAGUGAAAAUGCAAUGGUGUUUUAUGAAUCAAUGUUUUGAAUAUGUUUAGACUUUUUUCUUUCUUCAUAGAAAGAGAUGGUUAGUUUCAACUUUUUGUAAAUGGAAGACAUUGCACAUUAAAAAGGUUGUAAAGAAGAGGUGAAGAAAGAAGAUGAAAAUUAUCUUCUAAUUAUUUUGAUUAGAUAAUCACAAAAAUGAUCACAUUUUGAUGUGGCAUUUAAUAAUUUGACCA